UCUGACUUGCAGCUGGAAAACAAGAGGGACGCUUUCUUCCCGCCGCUCCAUCAGUUUUGCACCAACUCCUCUAACCCAGUCACCGUCAUCAGAGGCCUGGCCGGAGCCCUCAAACUGGACUUGGGCCUGUUCUCCACCAAGACUCUGGUGGAGGCCAACCCAGACCAUCUGGUGGAGGUGCGGACCCAGUUAGCUCAGCCCACCGAUGAGAACUGGGACCCCAGCGGCAGCAGGAAGAUGUGGCGCUGCGAGAGCAGCCGCUCGCACACCACCAUCAUCAAAUACGCCCAGUACCAGGCCUCGUCUUUCCAGGAGUCUCUGCGGGAGGAGAACGAGAAGAAGAAGGAGAUGGAGGCAGAGGCAGGUUCCUCAGACAGUGCACUGCGGCGGCGGAAAGGUCAGUUCAAACACCUGAAGUUUGGCACCAACAUCGACCUCUCGGACGAUAAGAAGUGGAAACAGCAGCUUCAGGAGCUGGCCAAGCUUCCGGCCUUCUCCCGGGUGGUGUCGGCCGGGAACCUGCUCAGCCACGUCGGACACACCAUCCUGGGCAUGAACACCGUGCAGCUCUACAUGAAGGUGCCAGGGAGCCGGACGCCAGGUCAUCAAGAGAACAACAACUUCUGCUCGGUCAACAUCAACAUCGGUCCCGGUGACUGUGAGUGGUUCGCUGUACCUGAACCUUACUGGGGUGUCAUCAACGACUUCUGUGAAAAGAACAACAUCAACUUCCUGAUGGGUUCCUGGUGGCCAAACCUGGAGGACCUGUACGAGUCCAACGUGCCUGUUUAUCGCUUCAUCCAGCGUCCAGGAGACCUGGUGUGGCUCAACACAGGCACCGUCCACUGGGUUCAGGCCAUCGGCUGGUGCAACAACAUCGCGUGGAACAUCGGACCCCUCACAGCUCACCAGUACAAACUGGCAGUGGAGCGUUACGAGUGGAACAAACUGCAGAGCGUCAAAUCCAUCGUUCCCAUGAUCCACCUCUCCUGGAACAUGGCCAGGAACAUCAAAGUGUCCGACCACAGGCUGUUUGAGAUGAUCAAGUAUUGUUUGUUACGGACUCUGAAGCAGUGUCAGAUGCAGCGGGAACUGCUAUUGGCUGCUGGGAAGGAGCUGGUGUGGCACGGGAGGACGGCGAACGAGCCGGCGCACUACUGCAGCAUCUGCGAGGUGGAGGUGUUCGACCUCCUGUUCGUCACCAGCGAGAGCAACAGUAGGAAAACAUAUGUGGUGCACUGCCAGGACUGCGCCCGCAGGGGGAGCUCUAACCUGGACAACUUCGUGGUGCUGGAGCAGUACAAGAACGAGGACCUCAUGCAGGUUUACGACCAGUUCACACUCGCGAGUCCCCUCCCUUCUUCCUCUUGAUGCUAAGAGGAGGAGCCACAUCGGACUAUUACCGGAACCAUCUCCGGAAACUUUUCUUUGUCUCUGAUAUUCAGGAAGUUAAGCCGGCAGUCCUCCAACUGCGCUCUGUAGCUAUCCCAUAAGGCAGCUGCGUGAAAGCUGUGUGUCUAUGCAACCUGCCCAGAGGGGUGUGUGUCUCCCCCCGGUGGCCUGGAGGGGGACGGCAGCUCCUUCUGUCAUCAUGACCAGACUGUUCUACUGCUGGACUUCAUUAGAAAACACACACACACACACAUACACACACACACACCAGAGGAAAAAUGAUGAAAUAAAUUUUUGUACAUAUUAAGUUUCAACACAAAGACUACUGACUUGAUCAUUUUCUUUUUCCAGUUUUGUAAUUCUGUUUGUGGGUUUGACACCA